CGAACCAUCGAAGACCUAACCAUGGCGGUCCGUGGUUUCCGUGGCGUGAGGGACGACCUAUCCGAGCUCAGUCGCCACCUUCUCGAUGUCGCCUGCUUCCUCUCCCCCCUCCUCCCCCUGCCGCACCACGACUCCCCCCCGCCGUCCCCCCGGCCCGCCGCGCCGACCCCUCGCCCCUCCGCGAGGGCCCUGGCUGGCAUCCUCAGCGACCUCGCCGAGAUCGGAGGCGGCUUCCGAAGCGGCCUCUCUCGCCUCUCCGGCGCGUUCCGGGGCCCUUCUGAUCGGGACAGGGGAUGCUCCGGCGAUGCGAGGACCGUCGGGGUGUCUGAGGAGGUGCUUGAAUUCGUCGGCGAUCUCGUCAAGUGCCCCGAGUCUUGGCUGGAGUUCCCGGUGACUCUGGAUGACGAGUUUCAGAUAUCUAGUAUUCAAAAAGAGCAUAUUUCAACUGUGGAACACUUUAUCCCUGAUCUACAAUCUCUUCGAGUCAGCCUUUGUCCCACCUACAUGAGUGAGGAAUCCUUUUGGAGGAUAUAUUUUGCCUUGUUGCAUCCCAAGCUGCGCAAACAUGAUUGUGAACUGUUAUUAACUUAUCAGAUUGUGGACUCAUUGCGCAGAAUGGCAAAGGAGCCAUGCAACAGACGAACUAAAUCUGAGAACCAAGAUUCAGAGAGCUUACCUUCAUUGCUGAGUGAGAAACUUGGCGGUAUCCAGCAAGAAGAUAAUGAAUCCUGGGAAGAUGCAUUAAUCACCAUGAUGAGAUCUCAGCAAAGCAUUGAUCGGUGGUCCGAGGUAACCAGCGCAGUAGACACUUCCAUUGGCACAACGAAACUUGGACCUGAUGAUAUUUCACCAAGGGACACCAGCCAGGGCAAUCUUUUUGUGAUGGAGAAGUACAUGGAUUCGCUCUUGACAGAAGAGCAGGUGUGUGCAUCGCACUCCUUUAGGAGGAAGCAUGCUUCUGCUGGAGAGAAAAACAUGGCUACUCGAAAAAUGCCAAAACUGAAGAUGUCUUCAGAUGAGGAAUCGAGUGAUUGGCAAGCGGUCGAGGAUUCUUCUGACUUUGAAAUUCUGGAGAAAUCUUCUAUUGAUAAGAGCACCUAGGGUUUCCGCCAUUGUACAUAGUUACCCUUUUUUCUUUUCUUGUUGUAAAUGAACUCGGUUCAAGCUCUUCUAACUGCAUAAAAUCAGUCUGGCAUAAAGUUCA